AUGACUAAUCUACCAAAAGUCAUUUUUGUCCUUGGUCUGCCAGGCUCAGGCAAGGGAACUCAAUGCCAGAAGAUUGUUCAGGAAUUUGGUUGUGUACACUUGUCGGCUGGAGAAUUAUUGAGAAUUGAAAGGAGCAAGCCUGGUUCUCAAUUUGGUGAAAUGAUAGAAAAGCACAUCAAAGAAGGAACUAUUGUCCCUGUGGAAGUUACAUGCAGUCUUCUCGAACAGUCCAUGAAGAAAGAAAUGGAAGCUGAUAAAGCCAAAGAUACAUUUCUAAUUGAUGGAUUCCCUCGCAACAAAAACAACAUGGAUGGAUGGCAGAAGGAAAUGUCACACAAGACUGAUCUUCAAUUUGUCCUAAUUUUUGAGUGCACUGAAAAGGAAUGUGUUGAAAGAUGUUUAUCAAGGGGAGAGGCAGGCAGUGGUAGGACUGAUGAUAACAUCGAAAGUUUACAAAAGAGGCAACUAAUAAGAACACAUAUAUCCAGUACCGAGCCGAUCAUUGAAUUCUAUGAAGCCAAAGGUUUGGUCAGGAAAGUUAAUGGCAGUAGGAGUCCUGAUGAGGUUUUUGAGGAUGUUAGGAAAAUUUUUGUCGGCCUGAAAAAGAAAUAA